AUGAGCGUCAUCGCCUUUACGCCGUUGGCAAGCCUCUGCUUGGGCUCAGGGAAGAAGCCCGGACACGCACGGGUGGUGGCAUGCCGCCGCCUGGUUGCGGAGGCAGGGAAAGGGCCUGAGGUCUGCACAGUUUUUCUCGAUGAGAAGAAGGGCGAACUGCGCGUGUGGAGUGAAACGAAGGGUCUAACGACACUUCGAGGCGCAGGGAAGUACGCGACACGUGUUGUUGAUGCAGCAUGCGACGAUCUUUUUACUGCCGUUUUUUUUCAUCACGACAAGGGAAGGCGAUUGGGCCUCGCUGUUCUGCAACACAGCCCUUCCAGUGCCACGCGUCUGGUAGCGGAUCCUUUGGACUAUAGUGAAAGCCUUGAUGCUGUGCUUGCACCUCUAAUUCCGAGCGAGAAGAAAGGAAAAGAGAUGACCACUCUCUUGCAAAUUCACUGCUCGUGUCUCAAGCAAACGGCAUCAAGCUUGGUGGUCAGCACAGUCCUGUCGACCCCUGAUGAUAAAGUCUACGUGAUGAUUGGAGCUCUGGGGGUAAACUUAUGGAGGUGCCAUGAACUAAAUGCCUCUUUUGGAAUACCGGCGUGCCUGCGCAUCCAAAGUGAGCGUGUCGUUUCGGUAAUGAGCUCUUCUGUGGAGACACAGAGAGACCACUCUACCGCAACAACAGCUCCUUCAGUGGAGUUGGCGCUUUCGGUGUUUGACCAGACAAGUAUGAUAGAUGAAAAGGAAAAAGACAACAGUAAGGAUUUUGCAUCGCCCCGUCCGGAGGGGGUGUUGUGCUGCGUGCUACUGCGCGAGGCUGUCUUCUCAUUAGACGAUUCUGACCCCACGAUUCGCGUUUGUUAUCAAAGCCAACUCUUUCGUCUACCUGAGGUGGAGGGUGGCGGGCAUGCGGCUCCACUGUGCCGCCUCUACGCCGACCUAAAAGAUCAGCAUUACGCUGCUGUUGUUUCCAUUGCUUCAGGGUGCUACAUUGUGCACCUGAGACGAUCUCCUCUCAACAUGGAACUGCUGGCCAGCUGCACAAAGAUCGGGUUGCAGGGCACCCCCCACGGCGUUACGUGGCUGCGCGUGCCGCACCCAUCACGCCCGGAACAGGGUCUCCACGUUGUCGUUGUGCUCUCGCAAGACUACCAUGCGUGCGCCGCAGAGGUGUUUGGUGACACCAUCGAUGUGCAAGUGGUUGGUAGCGGUGACGCUGUGCGCUUCAUUCCUCCUCCGAAAAGUCGGCUCGUUGGCGAGCCAACCGCAAGNGUUCAUGGGGACUCGACGUGUCUCAUGCGACUCGCCAACGAUGAGAUUCUUUGCUCGAACGGACUCUUGUGUGUGGCGCUACGGGUGACAGGCCUCACCGUCGGUGGGGGUGUACCACGCGAAAUCCUUGCCCCGCUGGACACGAGCGAAGAGUGUCCAGAGCGGCGGGUCAUAGCACUUGUGCGGUGCCUGCAGGCGAUGGAGCGACUGCUUAGCUCAGGCAAUCCGGGUCUCUUCCAGCUCGUCUUCCAGCGAGUUCUGCCGAUGCUGCAGUGCACCGGGCCCUCCCAGCGUGAGGUGUUCCUCACCCAGCGGGUGUUUGAGAUGCUGCUGAGCGCCGCCGCACCCAAGUCGGUUUUGGAGUGGCGGACAAUGUGGAGUCUCACGAGACUUUUGCAGAAAACGCUCUCCAAGCGGUUUCGUGACAACUCGGUCCUGUACACCGAUAUUUUUUUCAUUUAUCUAGUGGAGAACUACAUACGGUCCCAUGAGACACCAGAUGAGCGGGAUCAAGCGGUGGAAGGGCUGCUCAGUGUUGUGUCUGAUGAAUUGAAACUUGUCUGGAAGAGCUUUACACAUCAACUCGAAGAUGAUGUUUCAUUUGUUCUGGACAGUUUGGCGGAACGUAUCUCACUUGUUGUCUUGGCAGAGGAAUGUGUGCGCCGCAUGGUCGUUGUGUCAACCUUAUCGAACGGGACGCACGUGGUACUUGCACGUCCCAACGCCUCCCAUGUGGUUCACACAAUCGCCCUUGCGUUGCUCGCCUCUUGCUUGAAAGUGCCAGUGUAUGUGGAUGUUGAUGAUGUGGGGGGGCUGCGCUGCUGCGUGAUGGAAGUUGAUGAAACCUUAGUCUUUGUGCCGCCGCAUUCCUUCAAGGAUAAUGCUGAGUUUGAGUACGCUCUCACGCUUUCCACUGACAUGCUUUGCACGACGGCGCCGGACACCCCACUGACGCAGUGUGCUGCAGCGUUGCUCUCCAUGUUGCUGGCGCGACGAUACCAUGUCAUGGCGACAUUUUUGCAGAUAUUUGCUCUGCCUCUUAUUGACCAUUUGACGCCACUAGAGCCGCUCUGCGACAACGUGCGUCUUCUCACGGAAUGCUCUGCAGCGGUGUCACUGACGGAGAGUGCGCUCUUCAGGACUAUUCUUUCAGGACCACAGACGUCGUCAUACAUUCUUUCUAUUCUUUGCAGUGGCUCAAUGCUUGAUGAUUACUUUAACGCGGCACUUUGGCAACACAUAGGGGAUAUCCUCAGCAAGGAGACACGCGCACUUGUCAUCGCAGCCUUGCUGCACGCAAUGACAGAUAGGGCGAUAGCGGCACAAAAUAACUAUUCGACCAGUGUUGUCAAGGCGAUUCUGCGAGAAAAAGUGGAAGAGCCGCUGCGAGGCGAGUCGGUGGAGACAUGUCGUAAGCGACUAAAAAUCAUUCUAGCCCGACUCGAACAGCUAUGGGCAUCUGCUGAGGAAUGGUCACCAUACAAGGUCGAGGAUAUCGAGACUAGUGUGCUUUCGGUUAGCACUUCCAUGCGAGACACAGGGAACGACAAGGCGACUUUAUUGAGCGGGUCAGUCGUUUCCAGGACCCAUGUCAUGUGUUUCCGCGUGUUGAGCUUGAUUGGCUAUUCUUACCACACUGAAGAGCGCAUCGCCAAGCUGAUUGCCGGGGCAACGAGCUAUACUUUGAUUGUGCACGUGGCUUUUGAGCUUAUUCGAGCCAUUGACAACCUCAAGGGGACUGCGCUGCCUGUGGAGGUACUGCAAUGGCGGUGCGUCGAUCUCGCGUCCAGCUCAGUAGAGACGUGCUCGAGCACCCCUGGACUGGCCACCUUCUUGCUGAAAAUGUUGCAGCUUUCAGAAGCCUCGAGCACUUCCAUCACGUCGCUCAAGCAGUACUACUACGCCGUCGAAGAUCGUCUCACGGAGGCGUCGCAUGCAGGUGGCGAUAGCGCAGAGUUUCACGAGCUGUGCGAGCAGUUGGGUGAGCAAAGGAAUACAACCGCCACACCCAAGUCAGCGACAGCGUAUUUCCCGUGGACGAAAAAGGGUGGCGCCGUCGUGCCUGAUUGGCCGGGAAACCACAGCUUGACUAGCCGACGCUACUUGAUCAAUACGGAUUGGGUAGACGCCAUGUGGCCAAUUGAAUUCGCGCCGCAGCUGUUUAAAGAGUCUCUUAGUCGCGCACGAGAACGUAUUCUCAGCUGCGGCAUCGCUGAUGGGCCAGAAGAGACGGAAUUCUCGCCCCAGUUUGCGCACGCUCUGUACCGUCAGAUUUGCACUCUCUCCCCGCCUGUGCGCACGCACGCGUUACUGGCACCGCCCGCCGAUACGCAACCAGUGGGAGCUGCAGCGGUGGCAACAAGGUCAUCGCUGAUUCAGACGAAAAUAAGUCCGCUGAGUGGCCGCCCACCCCCAUCAUCGCCGCAAAAAGUGUCACCAGUUCUGACAAGGCCGGUGUCUGCCUCUCCUCAGCGUGCAAAAGUAAAUGAUGAAAUUUUUACGACAAGCUCAUCGUCGUCGGCUUCAACGUCGUCGCCAGUAAGAGAGGCACAAAGGGGGCGUGACGAGGUACGUGCUCCACUGUUUUCAGCUGGCGGUGCUGUUGCUGUUGUUGGUUCGGCUGCGGCUUCUGCACUGUUUCCCCCCGAUAGCGUUGCGUGGUGGGAGAAUGAUGAUGACCGUGAUGAAUCUGCUAGACGGCAGCGCAUCAUCCAGGAAACACUGAAUGGCAUUGAUAUUGAAAUUACCACCAGCGCUACGUCCUAUACGACCUUGACAAGCGAGAGGUUGACACACACUCACGGCAAAGGCGAUGACAGCGUCCGAUCAUUGAGUUUCUCGCCCCGUCGCUGCAAGAGACACCAGAGUCACCACUACCGGUGCGCCAAGCACAGAUCUCAUGGAAGGCAAGGAGAGGAGACGGUUCGACUUACAAGGCAGCCGCGCCAUAAAAUGAAGGGUGGGGAAACCCAUCCUCCCCAUAUGAUUUCUUUAAGUGCACCCAAAGCGGAAGAACCAACGAGUGUCAAGUUGCUGCAGUUCCAGAAUGUGCUUCAGCCGCCACCGCUGCCAUUGAAAAUGGUGGCAGAGCGCAGUGAUUGUUUCGUGGAGCCACAAGUUGUUCAGAGGGUAAAUGAUUUGACACCGCCACAACUAUUGUCAUUACGCGCGCAGCCGCACAUACCACGCGUGAAGCUGUUUGCUUUGAGUACAACGGAGGGAGGAGGGGAAAAAGGACCCAGUAUACCCAAUGAAGUAGCGGGCCCUUCUAUUGGUUUCCUUGCAAGGCCCUCCUCUCCCCUGCAGACACUGGCUCCGCCAUCUGUACCGGCAAGCUGUGUGUUCGUUAACCCAUCUCUCUUGACACUGAAGCCUCCAGAGGCACUGAAAACAGUACAGCGGGAGCUAUCACCAUCAGUCACGGCGUCAGAUGCAUUACGACAGGAGCAAAGUCAUGCCAAGGGGAACGAAGAACCGCUGUGCCGCGCUGAACCUCCUGCCAAUGCUGCUAUUGUUUCCCCUUGGCACACCGUGCAACAACCCUUCCAGUACCAACAACAGCCACAGCAGCCUUUGCAGAAGCCAGUACAGAUUGUACAGCAAUCCUGGCAGCCAAAUGCCGCUACACCACAGGAGGCAGCAGCAGCUACAUUCAGAACGGUUAAAGCAUUCGUAUCGCAUGAAGACUACAAAAGCCUUCCACAGGGCGGCGCCAUGCCUUUCACAACAGGGAGAGAAAAUUCGAUGGUGACGGAGCCCCCGAAGCCACAAGUGCCAUCUGUACCUCCAGUGGUGUUGGGUGUCGAUUUUCCGAAGGAUGGAACUUCGAUUCCUGCCUCCACAUUAACGCAGCCAGUCGUAUCCUCUAUCGAGAGAAGUGCAAUUCCUGUGUCCGCGAUAAGGGAGCCUGUUCUUUCACCGUCAGAAAAUGCCGCGUUUCACAAGUACGUGGAUGAGUUAAAGGCCAAGGGAACCGCAAUCCCUCUGCCUUCAGUGCCUGUACCUGGACAUUCCUUUCCUGCGCCAGUGCAGACCACGCCUCCUGUUCAGGUGGCUCCGCAGUUCUCUCCACAGCAGCAACAACACGAGCUCCUGGAAAUAAAAGAGGCAAUCGCUCGACACGAGGAGCAACAUGCGAGACAGUUCCAGAGUGUCAUAGAGGCCAUUCGAUCGAAUGCAUCAAGACCACUAUCGGUGGAGGCGAAAAACACGUCUGCGAGUCAAAAUCAAGCUGGAUUGAGUGCAAUGGAGCAAGCGGAGCUUGUACGUCACACAAUUCAGCAAAAGGAUCGUCUCAUGAUAAUGAAUCAAGAACUGCUGGAGCUCCACUCGCGUGCGCAGCGCUUGGCCUCUACACCGGUGCAUGAGCCACCCCAACAAUCAUUUGCCCCACGUAUUGCUCCGAGUGAAGAGGCCAAACAACAGACUGUACCGCUGGUGGUGCCAGUAGUGGCCAUCCCUCCACGCGUCGACGCCGCGACAUCUGCACGAAAAAGCGAAGUUACAUUCAUCUCUUCUGGAGUGCAGACAGGUACAAGUGCAAAGCGGACGGAAGACUCCAGCACGAUGACAGCACCCCAGUCUCAGAUAGUUGAGGAUAGUCGGGGCCGCGGUGUUGGCGUUUCACCAGACGUUCCGUCGACCAUGAGCAUUGAUCGUACCUUGUCGAGCCUCCAUCAAAUAAAUGCUGACCUGAUGCGUGUCAAUGCCACAACCGAAGACAUGGAGCAAGCAAUUCUUGAGUCGCGGAGCAUCCUACAGAAGCACGCUUCUUUAGGGAAUGCACAUUCGGCUGCUGUUGAGGGCUCGUUGAUGAUGGAUGCGGCGCGCAGACGAACCGCCGCCCUCGAGCAGCAACUCACCACACUUAACGCUACUUCUGUGAGGCCCACUUGGGGAGCAGAAGCAGGCAGAGGGGUGACAGAACCGAGGAGCGAGCGAGCCGAGUGGGUGGUGCCGCCGAGCCAGCACACAUUCCUUACGUCAACAGCGGAGAAUGACACAGUGGAGGGUACCAAAGAGGCGGGAACGGCGAGGACGCUAACACCACCCCGUUUUCACUUUACGGGCCAUUCUGUCGAAGCCAAUAAGGAUUCUACCAUGCACUUUGAUCCUCCUCCGCCGCCGCCGCAGCCAAUUACCUCGCAGGAGCGGGGCGUAGCCCGUGUAUUUCACUCUCACGCGGUUACGGAACUUCAGCAGGUCUCUCUGCCAGUUUAUACUGCUGCGGCGUCGGCUGAGAACAGCCAUGAGCAGACACCGACAUCGGAGCCACACACGACCCAGCCGGUCGCCAUCGCCGUUGCCAACGCCCCGCCACCACCAGCAACCAAGAACAACACGGUGGUGCGGCGCCGCACCGCCUCCUCUCCCACACGGGAGGCAAUGGACCUGGGUCAGCUGUACGCCUCCGCCCGCGCUCCGAGUGGCGGGCGGGCAGCGCGAAAGUGUGCAAGUCCCGCCAAGAAGCGGACAAAGGCCUUGUCGCCACCAUCGCAGGUGCCGGCGCGAUUCGCCAUGUACAUGCCGGCUGCUGUGCUGAGUAAAACGCAACGCGGUGGCGGCAGCGGCAACAGCAAGGUUGGCUCGGGCUCACCUGAACCGCGUAGGCGCUCAUCAUUGUCUGAUGUGGGGAUGAGAACAACAACAAUGACAAUGGCAAUGACGGCGGGCGCGCCGAGGAAUGACACUAAUAAAGUUCCGUCGUCUGGCAGAGAUAAUAAAAGACGAGACACGCUGGCGCUGCACACAUCAAAACGCCUCGCGGAGCUUCAGAGAGCUUUCCUAUAG